GAGGGCGGGCCCUGGCGGGGUAGAGGGCGCCACCCGAGCUGAGUAGCCUUGAGGCCGUUCUCUUGCUGCAGUCCUCGCGUCCGUGUUCCGUGUUCAGGCAGCUCUCGGCGGGCGCGGUGGUUCUCGCCAUGUCUGCAGCCAUGAGGGAGAGGUUCGACCGGUUCUUGCACGAGAAGAACUGCAUGACUGACCUCUUGGCCAAGCUUGAGGCCAAGACCGGAGUGAACCGGAGCUUCAUCGCACUCGGUGUCAUCGGGCUGGUGGCCUUGUACCUGGUGUUCGGUUAUGGAGCCUCUCUCCUCUGCAACCUGAUAGGAUUUGGCUAUCCAGCCUACAUCUCAAUGAAAGCCAUAGAGAGUCCCAAUAAAGAUGACGACACCCAGUGGCUGACCUACUGGGUAGUGUAUGGUGUGUUCAGCAUUGCCGAGUUCUUCUCUGAUCUCUUUCUAUCAUGGUUCCCCUUUUACUACAUGCUGAAGUGCGGCUUCCUGCUGUGGUGUAUGGCCCCAAGCCCUUCGAAUGGGGCUGAGCUUCUCUACAAGCGCAUCAUCCGCCCGAUCUUCCUGAAGCAUGAAUCCCAGGUAGACAGUGUGGUGAAGGACCUGAAAGACAAAGCCAAAGAAACUGCAGAUGCCAUCACUAAGGAAGCCAAGAAGGCUACAGUGAACUUACUGGGUGAAGAAAAGAAGAGCACCUAGACCCUGUGCUGCUGGCGCUUUCCUGCCCUCCCCGCGCCCUCCUCGUAGAGCUUGAGGUUAUGUCAGAGACUGCGGUGUAACUGUUUUGAUAAUGCUGCCUUGGAAACUUUUUUGAUAUAUUAAAAUGCAGUGUAUUGUAAGUUGUCUGUAUACAUAGGAAGCAUUUAAUUUAAAUUUAAUGCGGUAGGCAAUAUCUAAAUUUUUGAAAAUAUAUUUUGCCUCUGGGUAGGAAAGACAUGUUACUAUCCUGCAGGAAAUAUAAAGUAAAAUAAAAUUAUGUAUCCCACA